AUGAUCGAAAAUAUAAUGGAGCACAUUGCGGAAGUGACGAAGAAGGAUCCGAUUGAAGUCAGAUUGGCGAAUAUGAAUGAUAUGGAUAAAUCUGUAUUAGAACCUAUGAUAAAAGAUUUGUCAAAUUUAACCAACUGUAAGAUAUUUAUUGAUAACUUCAAUAAUUACAAUCGCUGGAAGAAAAAGGGAAUUGCCAUAUUACCGAUGAAAUAUUUGAUAACGUAUGAAGGGCAAUUCGACGCGAUGGUGUCGGUUUGUGCUCGCGACGGUUCGGUAUGCGUGUUGCAUAGCGGAAUUGAGAUCGAUCAAGGCAUAAAUACCAAGAUCGCACAAAUAGCAGCUCGUACACUGGGUAUCGAUAUCCAAUUAAUUUCCGUUAAACAAAGCAAUAAUUUAACGGCACCCAACAAAUCAACUACAGGACACAGCAUUACUACAGAAACAUGUGCAUACACAUCGAUCCAAGCUUGCACAGAGAUUUUGGAUAAACUCGAACCGAUAAGAAAAAAAAUGAAAAAUCCGACAUGGAAGGCACUCAUUUUUAAAGCGUUUAAAGAAAACAUUGAUUUAUGCACACGUAAACGUCAUAUAUUAACAACGAAAGAUGGACCAACAAUGAACCCCGUUUACGGUGUUACCAGUGCUGAAGUGGAGAUUGAUGUAUUGACCGGUCAGCACAUUAUCAGAAGGGUUGAUUUGAUGAUCGAUGCAGGUCAAAGCUUAAAUCCGGAAAUUGACAUUGGUCAGGUGGAGGGAGCUUUCGUGAUGGGAAUAGGAUACUGGACUUCUGAGGAUUUGAUGUACGAUCCUAAAACAGGAAUAUUAAUAAAUGAUAGAACUUGCAAUUAUAACCCACCGGGAGUGAAAGAUAUUCCUAAAGAUUUCCGCGUGUACUUAUGCAAAAACUCGGUCAAUGCAAACGGUAUCUUCGGUUCAAAAACAAUCGAUGAAGCACCGCUUUGUAUGAGUUAG